UGCAACCACAUUCAGCACCCACGAGGAAGCUGGGCGCACACUGAUGAUAUGGUCACAGUAAUGCUGACGCUGCUACAGUAGAGCUUGUGGCUCACCCAAAGUAUUAUCAGUAUCCUAAACGUUUUUCCAAAAUGAGCACAAUGUUUGCAGAUACGAUCCUGAUUGUGUUUAUAUCUAUUUGCACAGCAUUAUUAGCGGAAGGAAUAACAUGGGUUCUGGUGUACCGCACAGACAAGUACAAGAGACUAAAGGCCGAGGUUGAAAAACAAAGUAAAAAACUGGAGAAAAAGAAAGAGACAAUUACAGAAUCAGCUGGGCGUCAACAGAAGAAAAAAAUAGAGAGACAAGAAGAGAAACUCAAGAACAAUAACAGAGACCUGUCUAUGGUCCGGAUGAAAUCGAUGUUUGCCAUUGGCUUUUGCUUCACUGCUUUGAUGGGCAUGUUCAAUUCCAUCUUUGAUGGUCGUGUUGUGGCCAAACUUCCAUUUGUCCCAUUGUCAUAUAUCCAAGGCCUCUCACACCGCAACCUCCUUGGUGAAGAUUACACUGACUGUUCCUUCAUCUUCCUCUACAUCCUGUGCACCAUGUCAAUUCGACAGGUAAUGUUUAUCUAUUUUUUUUAUAUAUAUUAUUUCUUCCAUAUUUUUGUGAGUGAAUGGAGCAUGAUCCAAGUAGUAAUAAUGUAAUGGCAGGUUUGAGGG